AUGUCAGAUACAAUAUAUUAUUAUUUCCCUCAUUUCAAUAAAAAACCUGAUAUGCGAGAAAGUUUAAAGCUUAGACGAAAUAAAAAAGUAAAAGUAGUUUUUAGAAAUAUUAACGGAGAUACGAUAUUAAAAAAAAAUAAAAUAUUAAUUAAUGGAAACGAGACGCUAGCCUCUCUGUCAAAUUUUCUUCAAAAAAUUUUUAAUAAAAAUGAAAAUAUAUAUUUAUAUAUAAAUAAUACCAUUAAACCAAAUCUUGAUGAUUUCAUUUAUGAUCUUUAUGAAUUAUAUAAAAUAUCAGAUAGUUUAAAUAUUUCGUAUAGUUUUACACCAGCGUAUUAG